UUUGCCACCUGACUUGGAUUGGGAUUCCUUCCAUGCAAUAUUUCACACCAAGACUUGGCCUAAUAAACACAAACGCCUUCCACAUGCGCAAUCCUGUGCCAAGAAAUUGUUGAUUUUAUUUGAUUUCAAGGGUCUGAUCAGAGAAGCUCUUAUUAUAGAAAUCUUCACAGGAUUGUUUUGUAUUUUUUUGGGGGGGGAGAAAAUGGCUUCUAAUGCGGCGGAAAUGCAAGAACCGAGCAUUGACACCGAUAAGCUUAGCUAUGAAAUCUUCUCCAUCCUUGAAAGCAAGUUUCUCUUCGGCUACGAGGACCAGAAGGUCUGGCUUCCGAAGCAAAUAUCUGCGACAAUUGAACCAAAACCAGAAGUUCAGUCUUACGCUGCCAACGUCGACGGCGUCUCCUCCAUCAAGAAUCAGAGAGGCAAAAUAUGCAUACUCAGCAUAGAUGGUGGAGGCAUGCGAGGGAUUCUUCCCGGGAAAGCUCUGGCCUAUUUGGAAAAUGCGUUGAAGAAGAAAUCAGGAAACCCGGACGCUAGAAUCGCCGAUUACUUUGACGUAGCAGCCGGCGCCGGUGUCGGAGGCAUUUUCACGGCGAUGCUUUUCGCCACAAAGGAUCACCGACGCCCUAUUUUCGAAGCCCAAAAAACAUGGCAAUUUUUAGCUGAUCACGGCCAAAAGUUCUACCAUCCUGGGUCCAGCGGCAGGAGCAGCCGCAGCUUCUUUCGUCGAUUAUUUACCAGCAACUCCGCUUCUGGUUCUGUCAGCUCCGUCACCGCCGGUCUGGAGAAAGCCAUGAAGGAAGCAUUCGCCGCGAACGGCAAAAGCUUAACUCUCAGAGAUACUCUAAAGCCCGUCCUCAUCCCCUGCUACGACCUUUCCAGCACGGCGCCGUUUUUGUUCUCCCGAGCAGACGCGCUCGAGACCGAGAGCUUCGACUUCCGGCUCUGGGAGGUCUGUCGUGCCACGUCGGCCGAACCGGGCCGAUUCGAGCCGGUUCAGAUGCGGUCCGUGGAUGGUCAGACGGGAUGCCUGGCUGUCGACGGCGGAUUGGCGAUGAGCAACCCAACCGGUGCCGCCAUAACGCACGUGCUUCACAACAAGCAGGAAUUCCCGUUUGUCCGAGGGGUGGAGGAUUUGCUGGUGCUUUCGCUGGGAACGGGUCAGUUAUUGGAGGCGAGGUAUGAGUAUGACCAGGUCAAGCGUUGGAAGGCUAAGGAGUGGGCUCGGCCUAUGGCUCGGAUUUCUGGGGACGGCUCUGCCGAUUUGGUGGACCAGUCUGUGGCCAAGGCCUUUGGCCAUAGCCGCACCUCCGGUUACGUUCGCAUUCAGGCAAAUGGGUCAAGCAUGGGGCGAUGUGGACCCAAUGUGGAUACGGAUUCAAGUCCUAAUAAUGUAAAGAUGCUGAUAGGGAUAGCAGAUGAAAUGUUGAAGCAGAAGAAUGUAGAAUCGGUGCUGUUUGAGGGGAAGAGGAUUGGGGAUCAGAGUAACUUUGAGAAGCUUGACUGGUUUGCCGGAGAACUUGUGCAGGAGCAUCAGAAGAGGAGUUGCAGGAUAGCUCCCACUGUUGCUUUCAAGCAAGCUACCGAAAAAGCGACCUAAGGGAGCAGGUAUAAACAGACAUUAGGAAGGAGAAAAAGGAGCAGCAGUGGGGGGAAAAAAAACAGGAAAGAAGAGAGGAGGUAGUAUAGCAGCUUUUACUUUUCAAGUGAAAAUAGAGGAAGAAGGUUAGGGAGAUGAUGGAAAUUGAAAAGGACAAGGAGUAUCAAAAGGGGUGGAUAACCUUUGUGGGAUACUUUGCUCCCCAGAGAACAAACACUGGUGUCCACUCCUACCUUUUCUACAGUGCUAAACACUAAAUGAGCCACAAUACCUAAAAAGCAUUUUCAUUUGUAGCCUUUUUAGGGUCAAACACGCUUCAGCUUGGAAAUUUCAAUUUCAAUAUCAGACUUUUAAGCCUCAAACAUGGUCUGCACUUCAUUCUUCCCUGUCCGUUCUCUCUUUCAUUUUUUUUAA